CACACCCACAUUAUACCUCCCUCUCCAUGAUGGCUUACGUUAUACUGUCAAGCACUCGAAUAGUAAAGCGCGCUGUCCUCUGACAGCUGUUGUUUAAUAUUGAAGACAGCAACUUGAUAUUUGGCAUGCAUGUGUAUCUCAUGGAGCUGCACGUUUUGAGUGGUGAAAGGUCAAGGUCAUCCUUUAAGGUCAAAGGUCAAAUGUAUGGCUUCAAAGCGGCGCAAUAGGGGGCAUUGGGUUUCUGACAAACACAUCUCUUUUUUUUCAUGAAAAUGUGUUUUUUUCGGUUCCUUUCAAUUAACUUAGUAUUUCGGCGCUUACUCUUGCUCACCGUGAAUCGCCUUGUUGGAGUACAGAAACAGUCCAGCCAUGAUCAGGUAAGCAAUUUUUUUCUUCUUUUAAAUUUCGUCUACUAUUUAUGUCAAUAUCCCAAUGACUGACAACUUGUGUGCUACUUCAGUCUAAAAAAUGCUUCUAGUAUUCAAACAAGAUCCUGUCUGCUUAUUAUUUUUCGACAUGCCUGUAGAAAUCACAACACCUAAAAUCCAUAUAAAUAAUUAAAUAUUUUCAAUUCACUUAAUUUAAGCUUUAAAGUUAAUUUCAGGUUUUGAGGGAAGUUUUGCAGGACUGUUUAUGUGUUAUAACGUGCAGAUGACUGAUUGAACAUGCCAAAACUGAAGAAAAAAUCGUAUAAUCAGAAGAAGGCGCCUAACAAGACCAGGAAACAGGAACUGGCACAGAUACCUUCAAGUUCGACUGCUGGAAGUCAAUCACAGCAAUGAAAUACUGGGCCAAUUAACACCGGUCAGACAUAUCUGUCAACCAUUUCUGCCACUAGUCAAAGCGGUCAACUAUCAAGUGCUGAAAAUGUCAUGACACCACUAAAUACUGAUAACAGCCUUUCAUUUCAGCUAUCUGGUCUUCAAGAACACUGGUUCCAUGGUAUUAAUCAGGAAUAUCUGAUGAAUGGAGAAAUGUCAGUACAGAUUGCAGAUUAUGCGUCACACAUUCUGAAGUUACAGUUAAACUGUAAAACAGGACGUUUUUCUCCAUCAUACUUGUAUGGUUUGUUCAUGCAUCCAAAUAAACAAGUUGAUAUUCGUAUACCAAGGACCACGGAUGCUGUGCAGAUCCAUUGUCUGCAAGGCCAUUUUGUGGUGUCUCAACAAAGACAAGGACACUUAUUUGUAUAUGACAGUCUUUAAAACUAAGGACAUAUUGUUGCUCUUAAAAAACAAUUAAGAAUCCUUUAUGAAAAUGUGAACAUGAAGGAAAUUCAAUAUAGAGUUUGGCAAUGCCAAGGUGCUACAAAAUUGGGUGGUUUCUUUGCACUUGCGAAUACUUUUAGUCUGUUGUCGAAAAGAACAGCUCAGUGUUUAGAUGCAACAAUAUUAAGACAACACGUGAACAAUUGCAUACAGCACGGUCAAUUUACAGCCUUCCCUCAACAACCGAGAAUCCGACUUAAAGAUAAGCAGAGAAAGAAACAUGCAAGAGAACAGCAUAGUGAUGAGCAGAUGAAAGAGGACAGACUGAGAGAUCAGCAAAGAAAAAAAAACGAACAGGAGCACAGCGUAGUGACGCACAAAUUGAAGAGGACAGAGCUAGGCAUAAGCAAGGAAUCAGACGUACAAGAGCACAGCGUAGUGACGCACAAAUUGAAGAGGACAGAGCUAGGUAUAAGCAAGGAAUGAAACGUACAAGAGCACAGCGUAGUGACGCACAAAUUGAAGAGGACAGAGCUAGAAAUAAGCAAGGACAGAAACGUAAAAGAGCACAGCGUAGUGACGCACAAAUUGAAGAGGACAGAGCUAGAAAUAAGCAAGGAAAGAAACGGACAAGAGCUCAAUGGGAUGAGGAACAAAUUGAAGAGGAUAGACAGAGUGAUAAAACUCGGAAGCAUACAUCUAGGCAUCCACAAGACAUUGAACAGUCAAUAUUGAAAUUUAAAACUAAUAUCAAAUCUGCUCCAGAAUAUGUAUGUACCAUAUGCCAUAGAUCUUUAUUUAGAAAAAGCGCAAAUUCGGAAAUUUCUAGAAACAUUAACACUAACAAAAUCUCUGCUGAUGGAAAACAAUAUAUCUGUUGUACAUGACAUAGACAUAUUAAAAAAAACGAAAAUACCUCCACAGGCCCAAGUGAACAAGAUGUCGUUACCUGAUUGUCCAGACAUUUUAUCCCAAUUAACUGAGUUUGAAACGAGGCUCCUUGCCAAACAUUACCCGUUUAUUAAGAUUGUUCAGCUGCCGAAAGGAAAGGAAAAGGGCAUCAUAGGCAGAGUGGUUAAUUUACCGGUAGAUGCUAAUGAUGUUUGCACCAGCCUACCCCGAACACUUUCUACAUCUGGUAUUAUUCCUGUAAAAUUAAAAAGAAAGACAACUUACAAAGGACAUGUCCGGUAUGAAAACAUCCGUCCAGAGAAAAAAAACAAGCUUUCCAGUGGCUCCUACAGAACAGCCGACAUUAUCAAAACGUUGUAGAAAGGUUUGAUUGGGACGCGACAAGCGAGCAGGACAAUCAAGAUGUUUGGAGGAGUUUCAUUUGGAAGGAAAAUAACAAUGAUGACACAGGUGACACUGAUAACGUCUCUCAGACACAUUCUUCUGACGCAGAAUUAUCAGACUCCGACUCUUCAGAUGGCGACUUAGAACUUCAAACAGAAGCCACAGAAGAAACCAAACUUGACACAUGUAUUCAACCAACUGACCCUGCAAUCGAUUCGUCAAACAUCCUUUCCAUUGCACCAGGUGAAGGGAAACAUCCUCUACAUGUUAUGAUGGAUCCUGGAUGUGAGGAGCAGUCAUUCCCAGUCUGUUUCCUACAGGUUGUUUAGGCUUUGAUGCUGACAAAGAUAUCAAACUAACACGAAAGAAAUAAAUCAACGCCCGCAUUUUAAACACCAGUGGGAAAUUCUCCAAAAGUAUUGAUUACCUCUUUUUCGCACAAUAUGUUACAGAACACAAACAAGUCAUGGAUUCCGCUUCGACAGCUAUUAGAAAGUCAUACAGAGCGUUACCUACAGAAAAUAAUAUUGAUUCCAGUUUUGUAAAAGACCCAGAUAAGAUAAAAUCACUAAUUCUCAAAGACAACGCUUACCACGUUCCACAGACUGUUCGUGGGACACCACCCUACUGGAAGAAAUGUAUGUACAAACAUUGCCGCAGUAAAACAUUUGGAAUUUUCACAUUUUUCCUGACACUUUCUGAUCUCAAAUGGGCCGACACACUAGAUGCAAUUUUGCGACAGCAAGGAAGACAACUUGAUAAUGAACAAAUUGAAAAUUUAUCAUGGGAAGAGAAAACAUUAUUACGUUCAAACCCAGUUACCACAGCAAGACCUUUUGACCAUAGACUAAACUGCUUUUUCAAUGACAUUUUGUUCGGCUCAGCACAGCCACUUGGUAAGAUAACUCAUUACUCAUAUAGGAUAGAAUUUCAUCAGCGUGGAUCACCCCAUGCACACUGUGUACUUUGGGUAGAAAAUGCUCCCAAAGCCACCGAUUCAAACGAAGAGAUUGCUGAUUUCAUUGACGAGUACAUAACGUGCAAGAUACCAUCACAAGAAGAUGAACCAGAUCUUCACAAUUUUGAAACUACUGUGCAAAAGCAUCACCAUACCUACACUUGUUGGAAAAAGAGUACAAUUUGCCGCUUUCACUUCCCAAAGCUGCCUUCUCCUUACACAUUGAUAGCUUGCGCUUUGGAAUAUGAUGAUCUUGUCUUUAAAGCAGCUACCUUGGAAACAGCCGCAGAUAUCCUCACAAAUAUACAUUACACAUUGCAGGAUGACAAGGACAACAAGUUUGAGUCAUUAGAUGAAUUACUUAAGAAGACACAGAUGACUCUCAAACAGUAUGUGUAUGAUCUGUCCAUAACCAAAAGGGGAAAAACAGUCGUACUGCAAAGACAGAUAGAUGAAAUUUGGAUCAACCCAUACAACCCUUCUCUUCUACUUGCUUGACAGGCUAACCUAGAUGUGCAAUACUGUCUUGAUCCAUAUGCGUGCUUAGCAUAUAUGGUCUCGUACAUCACUAAGGAUGACAGGGAGAUGUCAACAGUUUUGAAGAAUGUUUCCAAGGAAAUGUAUAACCAGGACUGGGGAGAGUAAUUAAAAGCAUGUGCGAAUGACUUCCUGAAUGCCCGUGAAAUCAGUGCGCAAGAAGCUGUGUAUAGGUAACUAAGUCUGCCGCUGUUCAAAUCAAGUUUUUCAGCAGUGUUUGUUCCAGCUGAGUUGCCACAAAAUAGGGUCUCAUUUCUCAAGCCCAUGUCUUCUAUUGCUUUCACGGAUGAUGAAGAUGAAGAUAUAUUCAAGACCUCAAUCAUUGACAGAUAUGCAGCCAGACCUCGACAGCUGGUAGAUAUGUGUUUAGCACAUUUUGCUGUUACGUACACGCAAAAUAAAAUAAUUUCCACAACAAGAUUCGGACUAUGAAAGCCCUGAACAAACCGAUGACUAAAUAGAGUAACACAAGAUCUUGGGAACAAUGAAAAACUCCAAACAGUCUUUUUUACGCUACCAUCAUCAUUCCAAACUUAAAGAACCUGAGAAAUGCUAUUAUUCACAACUCCUAUGUUUACCAUGGUCAGUUGAGGAAAACUUGCUACAGCUUCCAUCAUAUCAGGAACACUAUGAGCAAAAUACAGAAGUUAUUGAAAGCAACCAGUCUGAGAUUGAGCAUCAUGUAGAUAUCAUCACUCAAGCAGUUGAACACUACGAAGAAUUCGGUCCUCCACUUCAUGCAUUUGACAGUGUUGCUACAUCAACUGUUCAGGAAAAUGAAGAUGACCAGACUGUCGUUGAAGAUGAACAAUUUGCCAUCUUGAAUCCAAGUGAAGACAGCCAUGUACAACAAAUUCCAGCCGACUUUCCAGUUGCAUCAGCCAAUUAUACAUCCUCCUUAGACAUUAGAGCAGGGUUCUGAACUGAAGAUCGCUACCGUGGCCACAUUAGACAUCUAAAUACAGAGCAGAGAGAUACAUUUCAAAGCGUUUCCAAGUGGUGUGACCAAACUGUUCAAUUCCUUCAAGGAAGUGACAGACCAGACCAGCUUUUUCCGUUUAUAUCUGGAGAUGCAGGGACAGGCAAAUCACACCUGAUAUCAGCAAUAUACCAAAUGGCGCUCAGAACUUAACAGAGGGAAGGGGAGAACCCCGAUGACGUACAUGUUCUGCUGACUGCACCAACAGGUACGGCAGCACAUAACAUAUCUGGCAGAACCCUACAUUCAGCAUUUCUUCUUCCCCUGGGUCAAACAAAAAGCUUCAUGAAACUUGGAGAUGACAAAAAAAUACAUUAAGAUCAAAGCUAGGUCACCUGCAGUUGUUGAUAGUUGAUGAAAUAUCAAUGGUUGGUUGUAAUCUUUUUCUCCAACUACAUUAUUGAUUGACAGAAAUCAUGAGCUCUACAAUGUUAUAUGGAGAAGUUUCUAUAAUUGUUCUAGGGGAUCUGUAUCAGUUGAAGACAGUAAAACAUAAAUUUAUAUUCAAGACUGUAUCAGAUGCUGUAGCAAGACUGUAUGGAUAACUAUGGAAUUGCUUUCUGUUCAUAGAGCUAGUCACAAUAAUGAGACAGAAGGACGAUCUCAGAUUUGCAGAGUUACUUCACCGUAUACGCACUGGUAACUACACUGAAGAUGAUCUUCAAACGCUGAAAGGUAGAGAAGAACCUGACAAUGAAGAACUGGAUAGUUAUCUACAUGUGUAUGCUACAAAUCGAGAUGUCGAUGAAUUUAACCGUAAACAGCUGACAGGUCUGAACACACCUAUUGAAACAUUUCUAGCUGUAGACAGAAAACCUGAAAGCUUGAAAAACAUUCAGCUACCAAAGGAUCCAAAAUAUACUAGAGGACUACCAUCAGAAGUAGUACUCUUGAAGCAAGGGUGAUGCUAACGAGGAACCUUGAUGUAGUAGAUGGUUUAGUCAAUGGGGCACAAGGACAGAUUGUUGCUUUCAUUAAAUCUGGAAAGGGAGACGAAGUUGCUGUUGCUGUAAAAUUUGAUAAUCAAAAUACAGGGAUAAAUGCCCGGCGAAAUUCACCAUAUGCAUUACAGCUCGAUGAUGAAUCAACACCAAUAUUAAGGGUUGAGACAUCUUUCACUGUGGAUAGAAAGAAUAAAAAUUUGACAGUUGCAAGGUAUCAGUUUCCUUUGAAGUUAGCAUGGGCGUGUACUAUCCAUAAAGUACAAGGACUUACCAUGGACAAUAUUGUUGUCUCUUUUGAUGGUCAAUUUGGUGGUGGACAAGGCAAUGUUGCACUAAGUAGAGCUCGAAUUCUCACAGGGUUACACAUUAUCUAUUUCAACACUAAAAAGUAAACAAUCAUAAAGAAAGAUGUUCAGAAAGAAAUUGAGUGUCUUAGAGAAAACAGAAAGAUGCGUCUAUCAUACAAUUUCUUCAGUGUGUUGCAAGAUUUCUUAGAGGUUUCUACUCUAAACGUAAGAUCAUAUCCUUGUCAUAAAGAAGACAUCAUCAGUGACCCCAUUGCAGUGACGUCCGAUGUGAUUGUGUUAACAGAAACAUGGCUCAACAACAACAAUGCUGACUUCAGUGCCUUCACUGAUACCUACUACAUUGACCGAGCUGACAAACGCAGUGAACAUGGUGGUUUUGGUGAUGAAGUUGCCAUACUUGCAAAGUGUACUGCAUUUACUACAUUUACAAAGAUAUCCUCUUACGCUGACCAUUUAUUACAAACACUUACCUGUGAGCUUAAAACUAUAUCGGACGAUACAAUAUAUGUGAUAGCAGUCGACAACUCCUCAUCAGCAGACAACACAAAUGAACACCUAGUUGUUGCUUUUCACAAUGGAUGCGGUAACGCUUAAUGAGAAGAAAAGAGAAAAAAGGAAAUCGAAUUGGGCAAAAAUAGAAACGGAGGUGUUAGCAGCUGCUUACAUCGAGCAGCAUGCGUUGAUUAGCGGAAAUUUUUCAUCCACAUUAUCUGGAAAAGAUAAGGAUCUUGCGUGGGGAAAGAUUACAGAACAAAUAAACGCACUGGGGGCAGAAGAGAGUACAGUAGAAGAGGUCCGAAAAAAGAUUUCAGACACGAAAACUAAACUACGAAAGAAAGAAAGACAACGGCGCCUAUCGAUGAAACAAACUGGAGGGGGUCCAUCAAUCACAAUGGACCAGUGUGAGGAGAAAAUGAUAGAGGUUAUUGGCGAAGAGUCGAUUGUGGGGUUCGGCGGUGUGGACACGUUUGCAGUGCAACGAACACAACAGCCGAUGAUUGGAGAGCAUCAUGGUCAAUCAUCCAGUACGAUGUGUGAGGAGCCCACGGUAGCUUUAGAGCCCCAGGUGGUAGGAGGAGUCGCAACUCCAAAGCAAAAACCAAAAAUGUAUGUGCAGAUUCCAAGCACGAAAAACAAAAGGCAGAAGACAAGUGAAGAUGAUGACCAUGAAGAAGUCUUGCAACUUUUGAUACAGCAAAAUGAAACACUUGAUGCAAUUUUAUUAGAGCAACGAAGAACCAGAGAUCUUCUUGCAAAACUGUUUUCAUUUCCGCUUAUGAACAAUAAAUAAUCAUUGUUUAAAGCCACACACCUUGAAAUGAAUACAUGGCAUAGUAAGUUUAAAGAUAAAUGAGAAACAUAUUUGAUCAAUCCCAAUAAGAAUAUAUCUGGUGGUUACAAGGUAGACAUCUGUCUCUUUUGCGCUUUCAAACUUAAAAAUAAUUGCGUUUGUCGAAAUGUAUGUAUAUGUAUGGAAAUCCUAUUUUUGGUUUUUAAAUUAAAAAAAUAAAUAAAUAACUUGCUAACAA